CCAAAUUAUCAACUUGGCAAGCGAAUUUGUUAGAAAAAUAUUUUAUAUCUGACAAAGCAGGGGAAUACGAAAAUAACACACAUACAAAAGGCUGUCAUCUUCCUUGUUAGUAUGGCUACCGUACCAGGAGAAGAAAAAUUAUCAAGUACCGGUACGAUAAUGAGAUCCAUGCUGACGCUUGAUAUUUGGUCACAAGAUUGCAGGACUAUGGAGGUUUCCUAAACUGCUUUCAACUCAGCCUGAAGCACAUAUCAAAAAAAAUUUGAUUGAAAUGAAUAAAGUUGCUGGACACGGACUCUACUCUAGUCUUGGGUAGCAAGAAUAUAUUCGAUCCGAUCUCCCCAACAUGGAAACGAUGAUUUGCGAGUGUGACCGACCAUCAGAACACAUUGGAACUCAUCAUGACCAAGUACAAACAGCAGAUGAUGAAGUUUAUAAAGCACCAAAAGUAUCAACAUUUUUCAUAAUCCAAGGCAUCCAGAUCACUGAAAAUGCUUAUCAAGCAGAAAAACAAUAUCAAGAAGAGAAUAUGGAACUCAUUGAUAAGAUCCACGGAAUGGCUGCUGUGAUGAGGCAUGCUGCGAAUGUUGACGAUGAGCAAUAUCUCAGAGAUCACGGAGAAUUAUCCCGAUUGCAAACAGAAAAUGACGUUUUAAGAGAAAUGCUGAUGAUAUUUAAGAGUUCAUUUGGAUCAAGACUUAUAACAACUGAACAGAAAGAUUCUGAAAAGACUGAAAAACCAGAGAAUGAAUCUGAAAUGGUGCUCACUGACGAUACUACUUGUGAUAAGACAGUUAUACAUGAGGGGAAUCCCCCCCUAAGACUACUCCCCAGACAAUUAUUAUAUUACAAUAGGGAGGAAGUUUAUGUUCCUUUAUCUUGUUAUUCCUCGUGUUUCUAUUGAAACUCAGUAUUGAGAAAAUAUCUGGUUCAUACAAAGUACUCAGCACAAGGCCGUAGACCAGUUUUCCCAAACUGGAGUCUGCGGACCCCCGAGGGUUCGUGAUGACUGCACAGGGGUCCGCAACUAUAUGAAAUGAGUCUGAUUAAUCUUUAUUGAUUUACUUCAACCUGAAAAGGCAAAGGCAAUAAAAAUUUUAUUGCCUUUUGCAACGCAACGACCAGCAUGUGUGAGGCAGCAUUUUCAAUUCUUGCCAAUAUGAUGCCAAAAUAUGGGUCGACACUUGCGUAAUAGAGUCGAGCCUACGCGUUUGCUCGCCACAAAUUGCUCACCGAGAAUUGAUAAAUUGUGCAACUCAUCCAUCAUAAUACUGUCGUUUGUGUUGUUCAUCCUCCCUUGCUAGUAAGGCAUAAAAAUUGAUAUGGCUUAGCGCAGGGGUCUCCAACUCGAAACAUGUCGCGGGCCACUUUUUGAAAUUUAUAAAACCAAGAAAUUAGGUACAAAAAUGGUUAUCUGAACGUAUUGUGUUGAAAUUACACUUGAAUCUUAUAGCAAACGAGACAUGAAACAUAUUCAUUCAAUUGUGCUGGUUAUUUGGUCUCGAUGUUUGGCCUUAUUUUGCGUUGGUGUUCUAGUCUUAAGACAACAUGCAAAUGCUCGUACGUUAGUCGUGUGCGGAGGGCUGACUUGCUAACUUUCAUAGUCGAUAACUGUCAAAAAUCGCAGAUAUGCAAAGUGAAUGUGCAAUUAGUUUUGCAAACCUUUCUUCGGGCACAAUGGACUGACCGAAACUCGUUUAUUUCGUCACAAUGAACAUGCGAAAUGAAAUUAUCGCAUUUAUAAUUGCAUUAUAACAAUAUAAUAAAGCAUGAACGUGGACAACAGGGGGGAAUUUUGCUUCACUUUUACAGUCUGUCAGACCGGACUCUUGAUGAUAAAUGACACGAUAAAACCUACUAGAAGUUGACAUCGUACUGAUUUAGUUUUUUUGUGGAAAAGUCCCAACCAUGACGUGGGCCGCAAAAAAUGGCUGGCGGGCCGUAUGCGGCCCGCGUGUUGGAGACCCCUGGCGUAGCGUGAAGGGUCCGUCAAAAUGAUAUUUACAAACGUCUCCGCUAUUUCAAAAGAUUGGGAAACACUGCUGUAGGCAAGCAACUCUAGCAACAACAUUAAAAAUCGGGAGAGAAUAUAUGUUCCUUCAUCUCACUGUAAAACUUUGUGUUUCAGUUAAAGUAAAAAAAAAACUUAUUCGUGGACUUCUCCCUAGACUGGCAACAUGCAUGGGGGAAACGCUAUGACCCCUUGAUUUUUUACAAAGAAUUAACCCCAAAAUAAUUAACUCACUGUUAUCCCCAGUGUCAGGUUCAGCUCAGUAUUGAGAAAUUAUAUCUAAUUUAUUUGAUGUACUCCCUUUUGGCCAUUGGUUUUCAAUCAGGGUCCUACUGUUAUUGCCGUUUAAGUGUUCCUCAUGUUUGCAUUCAAAUCGGACGGUCUAUAAUUAUAUUGUUGAAAUACAAUUAAAUACACGGUAUAAAUAAUAUAACAAUAUAAGUGUGUUUCGUGAGAGACUUUCAGUGUUCUGCAUCAAAUUGCUUUUUCACAUUUUUGAUUGGCGUAAUUUACAGGUGUCUACAGCCAGGACUACUCAACUGGCCUCUCGGGUAUUCGAUUCGGACCGCGCCUAAUUCCUUAUUUUGGAUCAUUAGCCCCCACU